CGGAAAUAAAAACAUGAAAAUUCUAUUUUAGUAUAUUUUUUAUAUUUUAGUCAUAUUACCCAACCAAGGUCUUUGACCGCUGACCCUCGUCUUGCUUCACGGUCAGGUUCAGAGCAAGAGGCUUCCGGACAUUUUUUUUUAAAAAAAAACAUAAUUUGUAGGUACUGCUGCUUGGAUCUACAAAGAUCUGUCCCGGAGUGAUCCAGAACCAGACGUUUCUGGGCAUUUCCCUUUCCUGGUCGACUAAGCUCAAGCGAAACUGUCAAAAAAGAGGUUUACAGAAAGAACCGAAAAUGAAUAUAUUCAGAUUAGCGGGGGACAUGACCCAUUUGGCCAGCGUGCUGGUUUUGCUUCUCAAGAUCCAUACCAUCAAAUCAUGCGCCGGUGUUUCUCGAAAGACACAAGAGCUGUAUGCUAUUGUUUUUGCUGCUCGCUACUUGGACAUAUUCACAGACUAUGUCUCUCUCUAUAACACUGUAAUGAAACUGAUAUUCUUAGGAAGCUCUUUCUCAAUUGUUUGGUACAUACGGCGUCACAAAAUUGUUCGGAGAUCAUAUGACAAAGACCAAGACACUUUUCGUCACUAUUUCCUGAUCCUUCCAUGUUUACUUUUGGCUCUUAUCAUAAAUGAGAAGUUUACCUUUAAAGAGGUAAUGUGGACCUUCUCAAUUUAUUUGGAAGCUGUUGCCAUUCUGCCUCAGCUGGUGUUGUUGCAGAGGACAAGAAAUAUUGACAACUUGACUGGCCAAUAUGUUUUGCUCUUGGGUGCAUAUCGCUCCUUGUACAUCUUAAACUGGAUUUAUCGCUACUUCACAGAGCCUCAUUAUGUCCACUGGAUAACUUGGAUAGCUGGCCUUGUUCAGACAUUGCUUUAUGCCGAUUUCUUCUACUAUUACUUCCAAAGCUGGAAAAACAACACAAAGCUUCAGUUACCGGCUUGAACGUCGAGAAAAUAGAGAUAAUUCAUCAAAAGAAUGACCGUUUCGGAUCUUUUUGUUUGUUUGGGAGCUUGCUGGAUGUGCAAUGGAAAGCACCAUGACUUUCUCAUGAUUCUUAUAGAUAGACCAUCAUGCUUUCCUUGGGGCACAACACAACCUUUCAUGUAAGAGAUGCUAAAACUGCACUCUGUAUUGGGUAGAUGUUUGUUUGCCUUGGAACUUUGUGAUUUAAGAAGAAAAAAAUCAGUUCAUUUAUCUAUAGACUAGACUUUUGCAGUGUUCACAUGCCUUACUUUCCCAGUAGUUUCUCCAUGAAAACAAAUUCUAUUAUUUGAAAUACUAUUAAGCUUGGCUCAACUUUGUUUAUAAAAUAUACAGAGUAGUACCUU